GAGAACGAUGGCUCCAAAUUGAAACACAAAUACAGAAAAAGUUGAGUCAAAAGCAUAGCAGGAAAUGGCGACGAUCUUCAUCGCCGUCCAGUGCUUUCAAUGUUCCACCAUGCAGGUGAAGCAGCAGCGGAAGAGCGGGAACAAGUGGAUCUGUGCAGUGUGUAACCAGAAGCAAUCGGUGCAGAAGGUGUUUGCUCGAGCUCCAAUGGCUAAAGACGUCCGUAAAUUCGUACAAAGCUUCAAUAUGUCACGGAAAUAUGCGAAUGAACAGGCGAACGUGGACGAGCUAAUUGAUGGAGGGAUUGUUGAUGACGAUAAGCUUGUUUGCAGUGGGAGGAGAAAGAGCCGUAGCGAUUGGAGUGACUAUCUCGAUCCGGUGGAAGAUCGGAGCCAUAGUGGAAGAGAAAACGAAGUAGAAUUAGAAAGUGAUUUAAAGAUCGUGACGGAGCUUCCAGACAUUAAAACCUGGAAAUCUGGUUCAAGGAGCUGUUCAAGCUGGUCGGAAGAAGGAGAAGGCGAUGGACUUUACAGACCACUUUUCUCUAAGAGAAAACAUAUAGCCAAUAAUUUGAGCUCCCAAGAUGAGAUCCGAAACUGGGAGUCGCCGUCAGCAAUUCACGCAUCAAAAUUGAGUAAAGGCGAUGAUGAGCAAACUCUCUCGACGGCCAAAUACUUGAGUGCGCCUUUCCAGGACAAGAAGAUGGGCAAAAACGGCCAUAAAGUUGAGGAUGAGAUUCAAAACUGGGAGUUGCCAUCAGAAAUUGAAGCAUCAAAGUGGAGUAAAGAUGAUGAAAAUUUAAGGACGAAAAGUUGCAUAUUAGGUAAGGUAAGAGGAGCUUCAUCAAAGUGGAGUGAAUACAUAACUGAAGAAGAAAAUUGUGGAGGCAGAAACGAAGAAAAUAUGGCGAGAGAAGAGGGAAUGGAUGUCUUGAAGAUGAUGAUAAAUGAAGAAAUUGUUGAAGAUGAUAUCCACCCUGAUUUCAAAUGACAAUGACAAAGCAAAAUAAUACCAUUUGUGAUUAAAAAAAAAAAUUUGAGUUUGGUAUUGUUCAUGAUUCAAGACUCUGCAUAUAGCAACUAUUGUUUUGGUAGAAUUUGUCAGUUUGGAAGAAUAAAACAAGAAGUUUUAAUGUUGUAGAUAAUUGCAAAUGACAAUGAUUAACAAAUGAAUUGGUACAUUCUUCACUAAA